UGGAGGCGCUGGAGGCGAAGGGCUAAACCUUUCGGGCUUUCAAGGGCUUAGAGACGGUGUAAGGGAUCCGUUUUCCGACCACCCCAGGCUCGGUCAAGAUGGCAGCGGCAGCCGUGGUGAAUGGAUCCGUCCCUGUGGGACCAGUGACGCCUCCCUUCUCUGAACCGACGGAUGUCUCUUUGAACGACAUUGCGGUGACCACCUCUUCGCCCAGAGCUAAGCCCCAGCCCCAGCAGCCUGCGGAGGAGCCGGAAGCUGAGAUGUCGAAAGGGCCAGCCCCCGGAGGUGGGGGUCUAUGGACCACCAAGCGGGAUGGAGAAGUCAAGCUGCGGAUGGACGCGAGCGGCAUGGGCUCCGAGAUCCCCAUCACCGUCCACGACCUCUUCCUGGCCACCGUGCAGAAAUACGGCCACUUCCCGGCGCUGGCUUCGAAAAAGCAGGGCCAGUGGUCCAAGCUGUCCUUCUGUCAGUACUACGAGGAGUGCCGCAAGAGCGCCAAAAGCUUCCUCAAGCUGGGCCUGGGGCGAUUCAACAGCGUUUGCAUCCUGGGCUUCAACUCCCUGGAGUGGUUCCUGGCCGACAUCGGCGCCAUCUUUGCUGGGGGGUUUGCCGUCGGCAUCUACACCACCAACUCCCCCGAGGCCUGUCACUACGUCGCGGAGAAUUGCGGGGCCAACAUCAUUGUGGUGGAGAACGACAAACAGCUGCAGAAAAUCCUGGAGGUGGAGAAAAAACUUCCUCUCCUAAAAGCGAUCAUCUACUGCAGCAAAGACAUCAAAGAGAAAAGGCCCAACCUCUAC